AUGAGAGUUAUACUGUAUGAUAAAAACAAAAUCCUGAAGCAAACAACCACUAAUGAUUUAAAUCAUGAUGUAUUUUGUAUUCCAGGAGCCGAGGCUUCUCACAUCGUCAACGGCAGAGAUGCUGCCCCACACUCACGACCCUACAUGGCCUCGCUGCAAGUUCGAGGUCGCCAUAAUUGUGGAGGAGUUCUGGUGAGAGAAGACUUUGUACUCACAGCAGCACAUUGUGAGCUACGGAGCUCGUACACUGUUGUGCUCGGGGCUGACUCCCUCUCAGGUAAUGAGGAUACAAAGCAGGAAUUCCGAUCUGUUCGAUCCAUUCCACACCCCAACUAUGAUGACCAUGCAAAUGACAUCAUGCUCCUACAGCUCAACGGCAGGGCUAACCUGACAGAAGCAGUCCAGCUGAUCUCUCUGAAAAGUGACAGGGUGAACACAGCAAGUCGCUGCCUCACAGCAGGCUGGGGUGACAUAGGAGAUAACAACACCUUACCUCUUACACUUCAGGAAGUCAAUGUAACCACUCUGCCUCAGCGAACGUGUCGUCGGAGAUGGGGAAUGGUUCCCAUAACUAGAUCAAUGGUUUGCGGUGUUGGGUCAAGGGUCUUUCAAGGUUUCUGCUCGGGGGAUUCAGGUGGUCCUUUGGUGUGUGAUGGAGCUGUAGCAGGUGUCGUCUCCUUCUCUGGGCGGCGAUGUGGAAACCCCAGGACGCCUGAUGUCUACACACGCGUUUCAACCUUCAGGGAAUGGAUUCAAAGUGUGAUGAAUAACCCGCUUGUAAUAUCUGUUUGACAAUGCAAUGCUGUGACUGUUGAGAUUAAAAGACAAAGGCCCUGUUUAUUUUGAUGACACAGUAUGCAUUUAAAAUGAGUCACGAGAAACUCUUGAAAUAAAAAUGUAAUGCACAAGAUACAAAAGAUAUUUUAGCGGUCAAAAUGUUGUUUGUGUGGAUGUAAGUAUCAUUAUGCCAUUUAACUUAUGUGGAACACUUUAUUGUGUAUUAUUCUCAUGUAAUGAACUGUGCAUUAGUGCAUCUGAUAUAGCCAGGCAGAGGGUAUUUCUGGCCUCGACACUGAGAGCCAUUACAAAGUUAUUAUGAAGGAAUCGACAGGUGAAUAUGACUUGUCCUUAAAGCCUGUGUCACUAACAAGUUUGUUUUCAAAGCCCAUCAUGCUACUCAUGUGAGCCUUUACUUGUGCUACUGGUUUUGUACAUUAAGUAGUUAAUAAAUAAAUGACCUAAAGAUGCUCAUUAAA